UUGACAGUCAACAAUGGCUACGGACGCUCCAAUCGGUCUUAUCCUCAUCACCCGGCAUGGUGAUCGACAGGGUUUCUACCAGGAUCCAACCAGCUACACCGCCUCCAACACCGUCAUAACCCCUCUCGGCGAACUGCAAGAGUUCCAAUCCGGUACCGGCGUUCGUGUGCGCUACCUCACCCCUGGGGGAGCGUCGUACAUGCCCGCGCUGAGCCCACAGAUCCCCAGUUUGACGCAGAUUGACGUACGUGCGGACGGGGGCGGAGAGGGUGGGGUGAUCGUCGACAGUGCAUAUGCGUUUAUGCAGGGCAUGUUCCCUGCCAACACCACUGCGCAAACGAUCACCCUCGCUAACGGGACGACCGUCACUUCCCCCCUAGGAGGGUACGUCUACGUCCCCGUCCAAUCCGUCAUGCCGACAAAGGACUACACCCUCGAGGGGUUCACCUCGUGCAACACGUUCGCUGCGCACAACACGGCGUUUUAUAACAGCCCCCACUUCUUGCAGGUUCAGAGCGAUAAUAUGGCUUUCUUGCAGAGCUUGGAACCGAUCUUGGGACCGGAUAGGAACAUCUCCCUCGCUAAUAUGUACAACAUCUUUGAUUAUAUCAACGUGAACAACAUUCAUAACGCAACGUUCCACUCCAUGGUCUCGAAUGACGUGAUGGAACAUGUGCGCGCUCUGACAAACUACCACGAGUACGGCGUGUUCAGCGACGUCACCCCUGCUGGGAUAGGGAACAUCGCUGGGCAAGCGAUCCUCCAGCCCAUGCUGACCGCAUUGAACGAAUUCCAAAACACCUCUUCGCCCGUUCGUUUCCAGUACCUCGGCGUCUCCUACAAACCCUUCCUCUCGCUGUUCAACAUGACCCAAGUCCCGAACCAGGAUAUCGUCGACUACGCCUCCGUGCUCGCGUACGAAGUCCGCAACACCUCUUCGGGAUUCACGAUCCGCGCUAACUUUAGGAACGGCUCUGCGACCGCUAUGGACGGGAGCGAUAUCCUCCCUCUGAGCAUGUUCGGCAACGCGGCAGGAGCGGACAUGCCCCUCCAGACAUUCAUCGACAAUCUGGCGCCGUACGCGAUCAACAACCUCAUACAGUGGUGCAACGUGUGCAACCAAACUACCGCAAAUGGGUGCAACAUCGCCCUCGCCGCGCAGGCUGCGUCACUUUCCUCUUCUUCUUCAUCCUCCGGGUCAGGGUCGGUCAGCCCCCCGAUCGCAGGGGUCAUAGGCGCGUUCGUCACACUCGGAGUGGCGCUCAUACUCGCAGCCCUGUGGUUCCUGGCUACAAAGUUCGUCAAGCGUCCUGCACCUACGGCGGGAGGGGACAACGGGAGUGGGGAACAUUUGGAAAAGAGGGCUAGUGCUUGAACGGCUGUCUUGGGCUGGGAGGAAGCAGGAUGUAGGAAGAAAGGAUCAGAAGAUCAGAUGAGGCUGUACAAUAUAUUAUGAAGAUUUGGUGAUCAUGUUUCUUGCUCGGCUUCGACUCGGCAACGUGACGUCAUGCUGAUUGCCAGACUGGUAGGGACUGAAAAUUCUCCACUCCCCACCUGCCUGUCAUUACAUGUUUUUCAGCUGUGUUUUUCAGCAUUGUGUAGGACACUUUGUCUGUAUCCAAUGC